AUGCGCCGACUACGCCGCCUCUUCUUGCCCGUGAUUAUGCGGAUCAUCCUGCGGCAUAGGCGUCGCUCGCGCUGGAAAGACGGGCAGCCGCCUCGGCGGUACACCCCUGAGUCGGUGGUUGCCGCCAUCAUGAGCACCAAGUCGCGCCUUGCCGACUGCCCGCAACAAGUGGUAGAGAGCCUGGCAGUCGGCGCCACAUUCAGGUCGCUCGCGCCUAAGGAGAUCAUUGUGUACGCCAACGAGUCCCACGUGUCGUGCGGGAUUGUGGUGUUGCUGCAUGGGCAGUUAGAGGAGCGGCGCCCCGAGGAGGGUGGUCGAAAUUGGAAAAAGGGCGGCGGUGGCGCCACGCGUCCUAUUUCCACGCAAACGCACCGACUUCACAAGGCGAUGAACGUACUCUGUCUGAUGUCUGUCAUGUGCGAGGAUCGCGCCACGUCGUUCCUUGCGACUCGCGAGGGCGAGGAGGCAGACGUCGCGAUUAUUUCCUCUCGCUGGUUUUGGGAGGUCACCUACAGCAAGACACAGGUGCCACUGCUCACCGCCGACGUGAUGGGGCGCACUCUGCGCGAGGUUGUCCUGCCGCAUCGCCGUGACAUGUUACUAGCGGAUUACUUUCCCACAUCCGCAGUGCUUCUUCGCUCGUGGAUGUGGUCGAUGCUGACGGCGAGCGACCGCGUCAAGCUGAGUCGUUCCAUGGAGGUGCGCGUUCUCUCCGUGGGCGAUGUUCUCUUUGACGAAGGCGUCUACUGCCCAUACAUCUAUGUUGUGCGCCGCGGUGCCCUCACAGUGACUGUGAAGGGCGAGGCGCUGGCAGUGCUGGAGGCUGGCGCCGCCGUGGGAGAGCAGAGCGUUCUGUUUCACGACAGACGCAACUGUAGCGUGGUCGCAGCCACUGUGUGCGAGCUUUACGCUCUGCACGCGCGCCACCUUUUGCAUCGCUUUCUGAAGUACCCUGAGAGCGCCCGACGCAUUAUUGCGGAGGCCAAGGAACGGCAGAGGCGGUGGAUGGAGGAAGGUCGAACACGCGAUGUUUUCGGACUCGUGUCCAUUUUGAGCGGCGUGCCGUGUCUCGGACACACGACGGACGCUAUGCGGGAGGAGAUUGCACAAUGUGCCACUGUGCUAAUUCUCCCGCAAGGUCAGACGCUGAUCUCCACGUACGAACCGUGCACCUUCUUCUGCGUUAUCGGCCGCGGAGUGGUGACACUGACGAGCGUGAUCAAGACCGCCGCCGUCGCGGAGACACCAUCUAGCACAAGCAGCACUGGGCGAAAAGGCGAACCCCAGUCGAGUGGGCGGUGUGUGUCUGUCGCGAAACCGAUUCCGACCCCGCCGCCAGAAAUCCGGCGAGAGGGACGCAGCGCCGGCGACUUCUUUGGUGAACUGUGCUUGAAGCCGCACUUGUGGCCCUAUGACGUGGUGUGCGACUCCACGGUCUGCCUCUGGCAGUUUGAUCGAGAAGCGGUGCUACGAGUGCUGGAGAGAAACCGCGCCGAUGCGCAGGCCAUCGAGGUGUGCCGACAAGGCAUCAGUCUCUUCCGCGCCCAACGCGGUGAAGCCAGCAUCGUGGAGGGCUUCAACGCUCCCGUCGCCCCUAACUCCGUGACGAAUGGAUUGCGCUCGCGGGCGGGCAGCCAACGCAGUCGUGCGCAGUCGGCCGACUUGGCGACGUCGCCUUCAGGAGUGCGCAGCAGCAGCGCUGGCGGUCGCUCCGGUCGACGUUCGUCUCUGUUGCAGGCUACUGCGACAGAUGGGUCAAGAAAGUCGCCCUCAGAAGACCCCACCCUUCGUGGAGGUAAAAGCGUGGGUGUGGAUUGGACACCUGAGCAGUGGACCACGUACGCCGUCACGCGAAUGCAGGAGGGAUUGCGUGCCGAGGACGCAAAGGAUUCCCCGCCCGCACCCAUACGCGAUCUGCGUGACGUCGACAAGGAUGUGGAGAGGACCAUGAACGAGAAGGUGCUCCAGCUCGUUGCCGUGCGGUCGGAUACGCCACCCAACCCAGCUGACUGCGACAUCAGCGGCGACUCGGGUGAGCUGCAGUCCAUCAUUGUGGAGCAACUCUUCCUCAUUAUGACGGAGAAGCAGUCAAGGUUUCUACGCCAGGUGAAUGAUAGCAACGUCCGUCUUAUCACGGAAGACGACAAUACGCAGGCCAUGGGGGAGCAGAGCAAUAGCCUUGCCGAUAUGAGUCUCAUAGACGCUUUGCACAAUGCCGAGGCGCCGGUCGAGGUGGCCGAGGUGAUGCGUUUGGAGGACAUCGGCACGUUACCGCUGGUAGGUAACCAUCUUCUAUCGCAGCGCUCGAUGCCGUCGUCGUCUGUCCACGACUUCACGGAUGCGGUGGAUGUUAUUAAUACAGGCCUCGUCGAUGACCCCCUCCACGUAGAAGCCGCUGCUGGCGCCCAGACUGGAUGCUCCAUGCCUAGCGCCCCACUCGGUCGCACUCGUCGUUCUACCAGUCUUUGCGCGAUUGGCGAGGCGAGCGCCAUCUUCGGGGCAUCGCUGAGCCUCCGCAUGUCCGUCAGUCGCAGUCACUUUGUGCGUCCAUCAUCUGGAGUGCCGCCGUCGCCGCGCUGUAACAGCGGACGCGAUGACUUGCUAUCACCAGCGGCUAUCGGCGUCACACGCCCCAUGAGCUCUAGCGAGUCACGCGUGAUGCCACCCGUGCGUACGCGCCCCACGAGUGUAGACUUCAAUCAGUUUAACAGCAAGCUUAGCGUUGACCGCUCCACCUCAUUUCUAGACCGCUACGUCAAGAUAGAGGAUCAAAACUACUUCGACAACUUCGUCGAAGUACUUCCGCUGCAGCGGGACGAGAUGUGGGCUCCGGACGAGGUGAACACGGACAGCGAAGUGGGCGCAGGGGCCAUGGUCCUUCUGCUUCUUCACGUCCGCAAGUGCGAUUAUUUGUCUGCCGAGGUAAUGCAGCGAUGCGCGCGGCCUAUUGUGAAGGUGACACUGGGGCAGCGCGUUCUGGUACGCACCUCGGUCAUGGAGAACCGCACGGCUCCGCGCUGGCCGAUCGAGCACUCGUCGUUCAUCAGCUUUGUGCGGCGUGGCACCGACAUUGUCUUCUCCGUCUGUGACAUGGAUGACGAAAGUUGCAUUGUGUAUCAGACGUCCUUGUCGACGGCGAGCAUACACGAGAACGGUGGGGUGGGACAGCAAGCCAUGUCGCUGACGGAGCUAUCAGCCAUGGGCUGCCCUGUCAAUACAGAAUUGGACGCUGGCGUGAAGGGCGCACAACCAAGUGGCAUGGGCAGGCAGGAUGCGAAGCAGCCAUGCGUAACGACGACCAUGCUAGCCGUGACAGCUACCAAGUACAAAGCUCUCCGGCAGUACCUCGAAGCAAGAGAGAAGGCGAUUGUGCACCCUCCGCUCGCGUCGGAGAGCACAACACUGUUUCUACAAGCGAUGUCGGUGGAAGGCCUCAAGCACCGCAUUGAGGCCGCUCUCACGGUAUCCCUCUACGACGGCACAACAAGCAGAAGGCUUCUGGAAACCGAGCGGGUGACGCCGAAGACGCGGAGCCCCGCCUGGUCUGGGGAGAAGGGCUUCGUAAUUGUCUCUGGCGAGGGUGGCAUCUUGACAUUUGACCUGCUCCACAAGGGGGCCGUCAUUGGCUCCACCGAGGCAACGGUGGACGAGCUUAUUUUUGGUGGCGUAGGACUGAGGCGUUUGCCGCUUCUACAGGCCCAGACGGGCCGACUUGUCAUAGGCCACCUCGUGUUAGGCGUCCUGGGUGCGAGGCUGAGGGAUAGCUUCGAGAAUCGUAGCCGCGACUGGGUGACGCACUUCGCUGUGGAGGAGCUCUCUCUAGCGAGGGAGGGCUUCUCCAUCAACCCCGACCCCUUCAUUGUGCUACGUGACGGCACCGGGGCGGUGCUGAUGCGCACACCGCUCGCCUUCAGUGCCUUCGAGGCAUCAUGGCCAAUGUCAGAGGCAAGCUGCUUGCUGCAAUGCCCACGUCUCCGCGGUAGCACUGUGGCCUACCAGCUGGAAGUCUGUGACAGCGACGAGAAUGAGGUUAUUGGCCGCGCCACCAUCGUACUCAGAGAUGGCGGCGCUGGACCGGAUCAUCGACACGAUAUCUUGCUCGAUCCACCUGGACGCGGUGUAGUGCGCCUGCGCAGCCUUUGCCUUCCUGUAUUAGAGCUACCACCACGCGUCACCGCUCUCUGCCCACCGUCCUCUUCGCAAGUGCAGUUUUCGGAGUCCUCUAUGCUCCUGCUGCUGCACAUGACUGGGUGUACGGAUCUGCCCGGCGGCGCGUCGGAGGAGCUCCAAGCGGACGCGAUCGGCACGUUUUCUAUUGACGCGCAGCCGUAUUUGCGCACGUCUCUACAGGAGGCAACGAGGGCACCGCGGUGGCCCUUCUCGAAGGCGAGCGUGCUGCUGCGGAUUCCGUCACAAGACGGCGGCAGUGACGCUGCUGGAGAGGAGGUCAACCUCCAGCAGCAGCAGCAGCAACACCGUCAUGAGUGUCAGUUCGCUGUCUACGACGGCGUCGUGGAUAAAGUGAGUCAGAUUGGCCAGGUCGCCGUUCCACUUUCGCAACUGCUGAGCAGCACGUUGCAUACAUAUCCCCUCUUUCCUCGAUGUAAGGAUGCCGACAAGGGCGCCUCAAACCUGCAGCCGUCCGUGAGCACAGCGACGCGCACAUGCGUGACGUCCGAGAGGACGGUGGGCGCCGUGCAAAUCUUCACACUGAUUGGUUCCCUCGGGCAUCAAAUGCGCAGGACAGCAGAACAAGAUAUAGGUGCGCUGCUGGCGCCCAUCUCCGCUCUCCGUGUCGAUACAGCGCCAGAUCAGCUGCCGUACUACAUUCCAGGAAGCGCCGAGGCCACCACUGUGAGGGCAUCUUCGGCGCUCGCCGCCACGGUGGUGUUGAGUGUCAGUAACAUGUGCUGCGUCUUGCCGAGCGCCUCAGAAAAGUAUGUCCAUCUUCUUGUACGCUACGGCGCUACCGUUCUCUUCUCUGUGGAGCGGCAGAUGGGGGCGCUCAGUCACUUCGAGUGGAGUCCGACGGAGGCAUCAGCAGCGGUAUCCUGCGCGUCAUUCCCACCGGACGCGGCACUUGUGGUGGAGCUAACGGCGAUGGAUGUGGUAGAGGGGAGAAGCGAGAUGCAGAAUGAUAUCGCCCCCUCAGCGAUCGGUGCAGAGGCGCAGUCACCCACGAAGGAUGGUAACCGGCGUGACACCAUAGCUAAUGGAAGCGUCACUGUGGACAAGCUAUCACUCGGUCACGCUGAGUUGCCAGUAUCAAGACUGUCGUCUGUCAAGACAGGUGAGGUGGAGGUGGUGACGCUGAUGCUGAGCGGUUCUCAGAGCUACCCUUCCACUCUAGAGACGACAGGACGUCCUCCCAGGGUCGUGCCAUCGACUGGAGCUCCAGGGUACGUACAGGAGACCCUGCCAACUGUUUCGUUCUGCAUCUUCGGCAACCGCGCCUAG